CACAGCCACAGCCAUCCCAUUCCCACUGCGAAUGCACGACAGCACGUGUACGGUGCACCACAUGAUGAAUAUUAUCAUUAAUUCAAAAUAAAAUAAAUAGGAUUUUUCAGACCACCGGAUUCCCGCAGAGCCCCCCAACUACCUUCCACUCCAUUGCUUCUUCAAAUCCCGCAGAUGGCGAAACCCGAUCUAACAUCGCCUCUUAUAUCAUCCCAACCGUCCGAUCCCCCUCACGUCAUCGUUACCGUCCACGACGGUAAGUCCGUUCAUUACCGAGAACAACAGUCUCGGAACGGAAUCCACUAUAGCAAUCAGAAUCACCAGUCUUACAAUGAGACUCGUUGUUCCAGAAAUCUUCGUGACCCGUUCGAGUUCCUUGGAUCGGGCGGGCUGGAAGUGCCCGCACCGACGACGGUGGAUCCCUUCCGAAACCACACGCACGCGAUUGACGGUGUCUACGAGAUGAUUAAAAUUGUGGUUUGUUUGCCGAUAGCUGCGGCGAGGUUGGUGUUGUUCGGGUUGUGUUUAGCGUUGGGGUAUAUCGCGACGAAGCUGGCGCUUCAAGGGUGGAAGGAUAGGCAGAAUCCGAUGCCAAGAUGGCGGUGCAGGCUCAUGUGGAUCACUAGGGUUUGCACUCGAUGCAUUCUCUUCUCCUUCGGCUACCAAUGGAUAAGAAGAAAAGGAAAACCUGCUCCUAGGGAGAUUGCUCCAAUAGUUGUUUCUAAUCAUGUAUCAUAUAUUGAUCCUAUCUUUUAUUUUUAUGAAUUAUUCCCCACAAUCGUUGCAUCAGAGUCCCAUGAUUCCUUACCAUUUGUUGGAACUAUAAUCAGGGCAAUGCAGGUGAUUUAUGUUGAUAGAUUCUCUCCUCAAUCAAGGAAGCAUGCUGUUAAUGAAAUAAAGAGAAAGGCUGCUUGCGAUACAUUUCCUAGAGUGCUUCUAUUUCCUGAGGGAACAACAUCCAAUGGAAAGGCCCUUUUAUCAUUCCAGCUUGGUGCAUUCAUCCCAGGCUACCCUGUCCAACCAAUAGUUGUUCGUUACCCCCAUGUACACUUUGAUCAAUCUUGGGGGGACAUUUCCUUGGCAAGACUAAUGUUUAGAAUGUUCACUCAGUUUCACAAUUUCAUGGAGGUGGAGUACCUUCCUGUUGUUUUUCCCCUUGAAAAUCAAAAAGAAAAUGUUGCUCGUUUUGCUGAACGGACUAGUCGUGCCAUGGCAACAGCUUUAAAUGUUGUACAGACAUUUUAUUCCUACGGGGAUGUAUUACUUCGAACGGAAGCAUCUUUGUCAGAACAGGAUAAGCCAGCAAAUUACAUGGCUGAAAUAGCGCGGGUGGAAUCAUUAUUCCAUAUAGGCAGCAUGGAGGCUUUGGAGUUUCUGAAUAGGUUCUUGUCAAUGAAUCCGGACUGCAGUGGUCGUGUUGUGUACCACAAUUUCUUGAAAGCUCUGAGACUGAGGGAUUGUACUCUUUCUGAAGAGGUCUUUGGAUUCAUCAAUGUGGACAAGAAUGGAUCAAUCACUUUCAAACAGUUUUUAUAUGCAUCAGGUCAUGUUAUGAAGCAGCCAUUAUUUCGGCAAGCAUGUGAACUAGCAUUUGCUGAAUGUGAUGUUGCCGGAAAUGAUUGCAUUUCAGCGAAAGAAUUGGGAGCUUCUCUGAAACUAGCAAUACCAAACUUGAACAAUCACGAGAUAGAGGAGCUCUUCAAUUUGUUUGAUAUGGAUGGUGAUGGGAGUGUCAGCAGAGAUGAUUUUAAUACUUGCUUAAGAAAAAACCCUUUGCUUAUAGCAUUGUUUUCAGCUUCUUUACUGUCUGGAAACUCAUCGAGAACUGAUGAUAACGUGUUGGAAGAGAUAGAGUGAUGUACUGGUUUUCCAUGGUUCAUAUAUAGGUUAAAAGACACUUGUGUACCAUUAGUACCCCUCAUGAAUGGGUUUUUCCUCAUGAAUGGGUUUUUGUUGGGGGACUAGGUAGAGAGAUCAAGUGGGGUUGAAGACUUGAAGACCUUGGCCUUGUAAUACUCUUACAAUAUUGCUUUGGCUAUUAAGCCAAAGAAAUUUGCAGCAAUUUUUUUGAGAAUGAA